AUGUGGUUCCCCAUGCAUUGGAUCAUCCCUGUCUGGAUCAUCCCCUGUCUGGAGCUGCCAAAUAUCUUUUUACGUUUGCCAGAGCUCUUUUUCGGGAUGAGGAUCAGAACGUUUGGUCACCGGGAGAAGUUCCGACCGCGCUCCCUGUUCGUAAUGAACCACGUCUGCCACUUUGACUGGCUUUACUUCUGGGGAGUCGUGGAGCGCAACGGAAACAUUACCACCUGGAAAGUCGUCACAAAGAACUCCAUCAAGAAGGUCCCCAUUUUAGGGAUCUGCUUGCAGUAUAUGUGCCACAUCUUUGUCUCUCGUCACUGGGAAGUCGACGAGCGGGAGUUCAAGAAAAAGUUGUUCUACUACAACGGCCUCGAACUCCCAGUCCAGCUCCUCCUGUUCCCAGAGGGGGGUGACUUCACCGGGAAAUCUAAAGCCAAGAGCGACACGUAUGCCGACACAAACGGCCUCAAACGAUACAAAUACUGCCUCCACCCACAUGCCAGAGGCUUCCUGUACAUCAUGGAGGCUCUGCGCAGUGGGAGGCUGGACGCCGUGUACGACAUUACAGUCGGCUACCCGGACGCUUUGGCCAAGACCGAGGCAGAUCUGGCGAAUGGAAAGUACAUUCCGAGAGAGAUCCAUUAUAACAUUCGUCACUAUCGAGCAGAAGAUCUACCGACCGAUGAGGAGGGGCUGAGUCAGUGGCUGGAGGAGCGCUGGAGGGAGAAGGAGGAGACACUGAAGCUGUUCUAUGCUCACAAGCAAUUCCUAGUCAAGGGAACUGCUACAGGGAGUGGAUUAAGGAAUGUGGGAAACGGUCACUCGGAGUACAGACCUGUCCCUGAAGUAGCAAUGCCGAAAUCCUACUCCUUUACGUUCAAAGGGUUGGCUUUCUAUCUCUUCAUCACCAUCUUCUUCUCCUACCUCUUCUACCUCAACUGGCUGUGGAGAUGCUGUGUACUGGUGCUAACAGUCUACACUUUGGUGAAGGGACUCAAGGGGACUGGGAUUGAUAGUGUAUUGCCAGACAAGGUUCACGAUGUUAUUGAAGCUGCGUACAGAAAGUGUCACAGGGUCAAGUAGAUUUAUAUAUUCAUUACUUUUUUGACGG